AUGCUGUCCCUCCGCGCCGUUGCCGCCCCCGCGCGGCGCCAGUUCGUCGCUGCGGCCCCCCGUGCCGUCUUCUCUGUCACCUUCCAGAACCAGAGAUUCUACUCCAGCAAGGUUGCCAAGUUCACCGGUACCAAGGAUGCCAGCGGCAACUUCCCCGUCAGCAUCAUCGAGGGUGACGGUAUCGGCCCCGAGAUCUCGCAGGCCGUCAAGGACAUCUUCGCUGCCGCCAAGACCCCCAUCUCUUGGGAGCCCGUUGAUGUCACCCCCAGACUGGUUGAUGGCAAGACCACCAUCCCCCCGGAGACCAUUGAGAGCAUUCAGAGGAACAAGGUCGCCCUUAAGGGCCCUCUUGCCACUCCCAUUGGCAAGGGCCACGUCUCCCUGAACCUGACUCUCCGCAGAACUUUCAACCUUUUCGCCAACCUGCGCCCCUGCCGCUCCAUUGCCGGCUACAAGACCCCUUACGACAACGUCGACACUGUCCUCAUCCGUGAGAACACCGAGGGUGAAUACUCCGGUAUCGAGCACGUCGUCGUCGAUGGCGUCGUCCAGAGCAUCAAGCUCAUCACCCGCGAGGCUUCCGAGCGUGUCCUGCGCUUCGCCUUCCAACAGGCCCAGGAGAUUGGCCGCAAGAAGGUCCGCGUCGUUCACAAGGCCACCAUCAUGAAGAUGUCCGACGGUCUCUUCCUCAACGUCGCCAAGGACAUUGCCAAGGAGUACCCCGACAUCGAGUUUGACGCCGAGCUUCUCGACAACACCUGCCUCAAGAUGACCACCGACCCCACCCCUUACAACGACAAGGUUCUGGUCAUGCCCAACCUGUACGGUGACAUUCUCUCCGACAUGUGCGCUGGUCUCAUUGGUGGCCUCGGCCUCACUCCCUCUGGCAACAUCGGUGACGAGUGCUCCAUCUUCGAGGCCGUCCACGGUUCCGCCCCCGACAUUGCUGGCCAGGGUCUUGCCAACCCCACUGCCCUGCUUCUCAGCUCCCUGAUGAUGCUGAGGCACAUGGAGCUCAACGAGUUUGCCGACAGAAUCGAGAAGGCCACCUUUGCCACUCUGGCCGAGGGCAAGUCCCUGACUGGUGAUCUGGGCGGCAAGGCCAAGACCCACGAGUACGCUGCCGCCAUCAUUUCCAAGUUGUAG